UUUUUUUUAUAGAUGUCAGACAUUGGUGUUUGUUACGGUUAACUAGGCAUUACGUGAACGUUCGUUUAAGCUAGUCAGAUCAUACCAAAUGACAACUAGCUAAAAGGCUACUGUAGCUAAAUAUUAGGUACUGUAACUUGAUAAACGGUCAAUGAUUGCCAGUUUCGUGAUUGAGCAACAUUAUUAGAUUGAUCAUAUUUCUUUAACCAAGCGAGUCUUUUGCAGGUUGUCCUUAAUCUGUCCAGUUGAACUACAGCAAUGGUCUGCAUUCCCUGCAUUGUCAUUCCAGUCCUCUUGUGGGUGUAUAAAAGGUUCCUUGAACCAAUCAUCUACCCCUUCAUUGGUCCAAUUAUAAGCCGAUUUUGGCCUACGAACAUAGCCGUCCAGGAGAGUGGCACAGGUGAUGUAAAAGCCAGUGAAAAGAGCAAUGGAGCAUGCAAGACUAAAGCUGAUGUUGUGGUUGCAAAUGGACCAUCUGCCAAUGGACCAGCUACUCCAAUCUCUGACAAGAAGAUUGACUGACAUUUAACAUUACACAUUAAGUUAUAUUUACAACUGUUGAAAAAAUUAUGAAUAAUAAAAAUUUUUCAUUCUGGCCUGUA